UUCCUCUGUCCCCUCAGAGACUCAGAGUGGGAAGGAAGGAGGAACAUGUCGGCCGUGCAGCUGCUGCGGGUGUCGGUACAUGAGCGGAUCAGCGCUGCCGCUGAAGACUUCCUGCUGCAGAUGGAGAAAGGAGGAGGAAAGGCUCAAGUCCUGGAGCUGAGAGCGAUGCUCACCGAGCGGCUCGCGACGGCGGUGAAGCAGAUCCUCGUGGGGCUUGAGGAAACCGUGGCUUGGUACGAGGACCGAGUGGAGCGGUACGAGCGGGAGAGGAGGGUGAUCGAUGCCGCGAUGCAGCCCGUAGUCCGGCUGCACAGAGCAGUGUGUCCUGCAGACGUCCAGCAACUGAUGGUGAAUAAAGAAGAGGUCCUUGAGCAGCCGCAGAGGAACCCUCCUGUGGACCGGGAGGACCCAGAGCCCCCCCACAUUAAAGAGGAACAGAAGGAACCGUGGACCAAUCAGGAUGGACAGCAGCUUCAAGGACUGGAGGAAGCUGAUAUCAAGUUCACAUUGACUCCUGUCACUGUGAAAUGUGAAGAAGAGGAAGAGAAACUUAAAAUUUCAACGCCUCAUCCGAGUGAGAGGAAGGAGAACAAAGCGGACUGUGGAGGACCAGAACCAGCCAGGAACUCAGGUCCUGAUGGACGUUUACAACAAGGUCCUGAGGAUAAGAAGGAAGACUCUUCUAAGACUGAAGAGGGUGAGGAUGAAUGGCUGGAGACCAGGGAACCUCAGACUGUUUUAAAUACAAGAAACAACAAACAGCCUCUAAGUGAUAUGGGGUGUAAGACAGAAAAAAAAACGUUUAGUUGCUCUGAGUGUGGUAAACGAUUUAACCAAAGUGGCGAUCUAAAUAGACACAUGAGGAUUCAUACAGGAGAGAAAUCUUUUAGUUGCUCUGAGUGUGAUACAAUAUUUAACAAUAGGAGCAAUCUAAAUACACAUAUGAGGAUUCAUACAGGAGAGAAACCGUUCAGUUGCUCUGAGUGUGGUAAAAGAUUUAACCGAAGUGGCCAUAUAAAUAGACAUAUGAGGAUUCAUACAGGAGAGAACAAGUUUAGUUGCUCUGAGUGUGGUAAAAGAUUUAACCAAAGGAGCAAUCUAAAUACACAUAUGAGGAUUCAUACAGGAGAGAAAACAGUUAGUUGCUCUGAGUGUGGUAAAAGAUUUAGCCUACGGGGCAAUCUAAAUAGACAUAUGAGGAUUCAUACAGGAGAGAAACCAUUCAGUUGCUCUGAGUGUGGUAAAAGAUUUAACCGAAGUGGCCAUAUAAAUAGACAUAUGAGGAUUCAUACAGGAGAGAACAAGUUUAGUUGCUCUGAGUGUGGUAAAAAAUUUAACCAAAGGAGCAAUCUAAAUACACAUAUGAGGAUUCAUACAGGAGAGAAAACAGUUAGUUGCUCUGAGUGUGGUAAAAGAUUUAGCCUACGGGGCAAUCUAAAUAGACAUAUGAGGAUUCAUACAGGAGAAAAACAGUUUAGUUGAUCUGAGUGUGGUAACAGAUUUAAGUUUCAGUCCAAUUGUACGAGACAUGAGGAUUCAUAAAGGAGAGAAUUGAUUCAGCUGAAACCUUCGCAACAAAGAUUUAUUAGGAUUUAUCAACAGAUAUUCAUAGUAUACAUAUUCGUAGUUCACUGCUUUAAUUAGAUUAUUAACAGUUUUUAUGUCCCUAGAACAGUGGUUCUCAAAUGGGGGUACGCGUACCCCUGGGGGUACUUGAAGGUACUCCAGGGGGUACUUGAGAUUCUUAUUUAAUAUUUUUAAAAUAGAAUCCAUUCAAAAAUCCUUGAAAAAUUGUUAUUUAACAAAUAUUCAUAAAAUAUAAGUGUAAGUUCAUGAACAAAAAGUUAUAUUCAAUAGGCUUUUCAAUUUCAUUAUCCUAAAAAAACAAAGUCUCCCCCAUACCGAUGGUUUGUCCCAACCUGGCACACGCCACCUGUCAUCACCUGUCAUAACCUGCCUUGAAAACUUCAACAAUGGAGUCGAGUUGAAGUGCAGCAGCAAUGCUGCUGAAACACGGAGGGACAAGUACCAAAGAAGGCGAAACCAGAGCAGAGAGCCUUCCCUAAACAACACCGUGAGAGCUUGUGCCUCUUCGGAGGGGCGCUAAAACGUAAAAGUUUUCUGUUGUGAAGUUAAUGAUUCAUAACAAGAAGUCCGCGUCUCUACCGGUACCCUUUCAAAAUAAAAGCAUGUGAUACAAAAACAGAAAUGAAAUUGUAUGACCUUAAAGUGAGCAAAUAUUUCACAAUAAAAUAACAUAAAGACACUUCAACAAUAUUAACAAUAACAUAGAUUGGGUUAUUUACACUCUUUGUUUUUUCUGUGGGGAGAGAUUAGCCAACAGUGGCAUUAAUCCACCAAAUCUUCAGCGUAAUCUCCAGACAAAACAUGAAAGUCAUGUUGGUAAGCCACCUGAGUUUUUUAAGAGGAAACUUUCUGAAUUCAGGUCAUCUCAAGACACGAUGCGAAAAGCCUCCCAUAAGCAAACGGGAACAAGCUACCUGUCAGUAUUCUUUUCGAUCCUUAAAGAAGAUAUUUUAAGAUGAUAAAUAUAAAAAAAAUAUGUUUUGAGCUAAUCUUUUAUUUAAAACUAAGUUAAUGAUUUAUUUUUUUGGAAGAAGUGUUAAGGUGUAAUUAAGUUCAUGAGUUCAACUUGAGAAAAUAUCUUUAUUAUGAUCCCAAAAGAGGUCACUUUAAGUUGAUUUUGAUGUGUACAAAUCUUUAUUGAUAUUGAGAUAAUAAUAAAAGUCUUUAGUUAUUUUUAUAUCUUUUUAUUUCCAAAUAGUUCAAGAGACACCACUACAAAUGAGCAUUGUUAUGGACAUUGAUGGAGUUUUAAAUUUGAAUGUGUCUAGUUACAAGGAUUAAUAAAUCACAUUACAUCUUUCUUUCAACCAAAAAUGCUUUGCGCUGGUUAGGGGGUACUCUGCAGAAUUUUUUUUUUUCAACGGGGGUACGUCACUGAAAAAAGGUUGAGAACCACUGCCCUAGAAAAUAUCACGCAUUGAAUAACGCGAACGAUUUGUGUUUAUAUCUUAUUUUUACAUUAUGUAUCAGUUUUUCUUAAUGUCCUUCAUGGGAUUUUAAGGUUAAAGUGUGUUCUUGCACAGUAUGUAUAUGUGUUCUUAACUAAUUCAUGUGAUUUAAUAUGUUUGUUUUAAAACAAUGGUUUCUUGGUUCGUGAGAUUCAAUGACAGUGUUUGUUCUCCUUUAUGUAUUGAAUGUGUUUCCAAGAAUAAAAGUCUAAUAUAAAGAUAAAUGCGUCGUCGCCCUCCUCCUCUUUGUUUCAGUAUGAACGGAGGCUGCACUGGCUACAGUUGAAUUGUCUCGUCACGAGACAAAUUAAACAGCUGACGUGAACAAACGUUACUUUUUGUAACCUGUAGUUUUUGUUUUCAUCUCAAUUUGAAGUUGAUCUGAUGUAAGCCCUGGUAUAAGUACCUCACAGUAAAAAUGUGGAAUAUAGCCACUUAAUGCAAAAUGGCAGGCUUCCUGUUGUGUUUUUGAUAAUGCCCAUUGAGACUUUCUUGUUUUUCUGGUCAUGAUAGAUUGGUCAAUGUGAACGAGAAGCUCAGCACAGUGUUCCUUUUCCAGUGCCUUUGUUGAUAAAAAAAUGUGUUCCCUUCAUUUGUAGUUGCAACAAAAGAGUGAUAAUGAUGAUGAA